AUGGUAUUAACAUUAUUGCUGAAGACAGAGCUUUAUCUGAAGCUGAAAAAACCUGAAGUUUUUGAGGAGCCAGAUAUUGUAAAACUUAAGGUCUUAAAUCAUUUCAAGAGGCAGUUCACUGAAAGCUGGGAAGGUAGACUAACUCUGGGAGACACCUUUAAGUCAAUUGAAGCCAUUGAUGCUUUUUGUGAGUUGGAAGCUGACUUCUCUGUAUGUGAGCUAUUGAAACAUGAGGUUAUGCACUUCAUAAGGGAUUUUCAUUCUUCUUGCAAGCUCUCCUAUGGAAUCAAUAGUUCUUUUAUCACUCUUAUUCCUAAGACUGAUAAUCCUUUUGGACUAGCUGACUUUAGACCUAUUAGUUUGGUGGGGUGUAUGUACAAGAUUCUCUCAAAAGUCUUUGCUCAUAGACUUAAGAGAGUUCUCCCUGAAGUUAUUGGGGAUCCACAGUCUGCUUUUUUAGGUGGGAGAAGUAUACUUGAUGGAGUUUUUAUUGCAAAUGAAAUUGUGGAUGGAUGGAAAAAAUCCAAAAAGAAAGGGCUGGUUAUUAAACUUGAUUUUGAGAAAGCUUAUGACUUAAUUAACUGGAAAUUCCUAUUUUCUAUGCUGGCUAAUUUUGGGUUUGGGUCAGAAUGGAUAUCUUGGAUGAGGGUUUUGGCUGAAGGGUUGAAUAUCUUGAUAAACAGAACUUAUGAAAAAGGAUUCAUAAAGGGGAUAAAAGUUGGGGUGAAUGAAGUGAUGAUUUCUCAUCUCCAAUUUGCUGAUGAUUCUUUGUUGUUUUGUGAGACUGAUUUGGAUCAACUAGUUCAUAUUAAGAGAGUUCUAAGAUGUUUUGAAAUACUAUCUGGAAUGAAGAUAAACUUUCAUAAGAGUGUAGUGUAUGGAGUAGGUAUGGAUGAUGAUACCUUGACAUCUUGUGCUGAUAUUCUAAAUUGCAAGAUUCAAGGCUUACCAUUGAAAUUUUUGAGCCUUCCAUUAGGUGCUAAUCCAGGUAGGAAAUCAACUGGGAAGCCAGUGUUGGAUAAAGUUAGAGCUAGGUUGGCUGGUUGGAAGGCAGGUUAA